CAAAACAAAUCGUGCCAAGUAAUAACUAAAGAAGAACAAGAAGAGAUCAGAAAGAUAUGUCGUGGCAAGCAUACGUUGAUGAGCAUUUAAUGUGUGAUGUAGGUGACGGCCAAGGUCACCACCUUACCGCCGCCGCUAUCAUCGGCCAUGACGGUAGCGUUUGGGCUCAGAGCGCAAAUUUUCCUCAGUUUAAACCUCAAGAGAUGACAGACAUUAUGAAGGAUUUUGAUGAGCCAGGUCACCUCGCUCCAACGGGUUUGUUCCUUGCAGGGCUAAAGUAUAUGGUCAUCCAAGGUGAGCCUAAUGCUGUCAUCCGUGGCAAGAAGGGAGCUGGAGGGAUCACGAUCAAGAAAACAGGACAAUCAAUAGUGUUUGGUCUGUACGAAGAGCCAGUGACUCCAGGACAAUGCAACAUGGUUGUCGAGAGGUUGGGUGAUUACUUGAUCGAACAAGGUCUUUAAACUCAAUUGGACAAUGCCUUCAUUAUACCUCUUUUUCUAAUUCAUCUCACCAUGCAUCGUUUCUCCUUUUGGGUGCAUGGUUUGGUGUUUUUUGUUUUUUGUUAAAUUUAAUUUUGGGUCUUUCUGGUUUCUA